UCCUCGCUGCGCUCGGGCCGAAAGCGAAAACAAAUUCUGCGCUGCGAGGCUGCUGUCCUCCGCCGGGCGCCCCCACCCAGCCACCCAGCCACCCAUCCACUCCGAGCUCCCCGCCCCUCGGGCGCCUCCGGCGAGGUAUUGCACUCUCAGUCUCGCCAUGUUGAAGUUAGAAUGGCCUGCAUUCACUAUCUUCGAGAAAACAGAGAGAAAUUUGAAGCGUUUAUAGAAGGUUCAUUUGAAGAAUAUUUAAAACGUUUGGAAAAUCCACAGGAAUGGGUAGGACAAGUGGAAAUAAGUGCCCUUUCUCUUAUGUACAGGAAAGAUUUUGUAAUCUAUCGGGAACCAAAUGUUUCUCCUUCACAAGUAACUGAAAAUAAUUUUCCUGAAAAGGUGUUACUGUGUUUUUCCAAUGGAAAUCAUUAUGAUAUUGUCUAUCCAAUAAAGUAUAAAGAUAACUCUGCUAUGUGUCAGUCUCUCCUUUAUGAAUUGCUAUAUGAGAAGGUGUUUAAAACUGAUGUUGGUAAGAUCAUGAUGGGGCUAGACACCUCUGAAGUAGCUGAUGAAGACAACAGUGAAAUAUCAGAUUCAGAGGAUGACAGUUGCAAGAAUAAAACCACCACUGCUAAUGAUGUGAAUGGAUUUAAACCUUUGUCAGGCAAUGAGCCGAAGAAAAAUGGGAACUCUACUAUCCUUCCUCUGUCUAGAAAGGUUCUUAAGUCACUUAACCCAGCAGUGUAUAGAAAUGUGGAAUAUGAAAUUUGGUUGAAGUCUAAGCAAGCUCAACAAAAACGUGAUUAUUCUAUUGCUGCUGGUUUACAAUAUGAAAUUGGAGAUAAAUGCCAAGUUAGAUUGGAUCACAUUGGAAAAUUUUCUAAUGCAGACAGUCAGGAAGUUAACUCUGAAAAUGGACCAGUUUUGGUUGAAGACCUGGGAAAAAAACAUGGAUCAAAGAACCUCAAACCAACUCCUCUAGAAAGCUGGAACACAGUGUCUGGAAAAAAGACAAAGAAACCUUCCAGUUCUGGACAAAAUUUCUAUUCUGACACGGAUUUCAGAGGGCCAAAGAAUCCGAGCAAGCCAAUCAAAGCCCCAUCAGCACUACCUCCUCGACUACAGCAUCCUACGGGUGUAAGACAACAUGCAUUCUCUAGUCAUUCUUCAGGGUCCCAGUCUCAAAAAUCUUCCAGUGAGCACAAAAAUAUUAGCAGGACACCCUCACAGAUCAUAAGAAAACCUGACCGUGAGCGAGUUGAAGAUUUUGAUCACAUGAGUCGAGAAACUCACUAUUUUGGCCUCUCCCCGGAAGAGCGCAGAGAGAAGCAAGCCAUAGAAGAAUCUCGCUUACUCUAUGAAAUUCAGAACAGAGAUGAGCAGGCUUUCCCAGCACUUUCUAGCUCAUCAGUCAGUCAGUCGGCUUCUCAGAGUAGCAACUCAUGUGCCCAGAGAAAAUCAUCACAUGUAAGUGAUAGAAAAGGGAAUAGGCGGAGAAUGGAUACAGAAGAACGAAAAGACAAAGAAUCUACUCAUGGACAUACUCACUUGGACAAAAAACCUGAGCCAGGCACAUCAGAGAGUCUUAAUGAUGAUAAAUGUACAAGAGUUUCAUCACCAUCAAAGUCAAAGAAAUUGGAGUGCCCGUCUCCUGCAGAACAAAAGCCAGCAGAACAUGUGUCUUUGUCAAAUCCAGCUCCCCUUGAAGUUUCUCCAGAGGUACAUCUAACUCCUGCGGUGCCUUCUUUACCAGCCACUGUGCCAGCCUGGCCAAGUGAACCUACAACUUUUGGACCAACAGGUGUCCCUGCUCAAAUUCCAGUUUUGUCAGUGACACAGACUCUGACCACUGGACCUGAUUCUGCUGUGUCCCAAGCUCAUUUGACAUCCUCUCCAGUUCCUGUGUCAAUACAGGCAGUUAACCAGCCCUUAAUGCCUUUGCCUCAGACAUUGAGCCUUUACCAAGACCCACUCUAUCCCGGGUUUCCUUAUAACGAAAAAGGAGAUCGAGCCAUUGCACCACCUUAUUCACUGUGUCAGACUGGGGAGGACCUGCCUAAAGAUAAGAACAUUCUUCGAUUCUUCUUCAAUCUUGGUGUGAAGGCAUAUAGUUGUCCGAUGUGGGCUCCUCAUUCUUACCUGUACCCUUUGCACCAGGCCUACCUGGCAGCCUGCAGGAUGUACCCAAAGGUCCCUGUCCCCGUGUAUCCUCAUAAUCCUUGGUUCCAAGAAGCUGCUUCUGCUCACAAUGAAAGUGACUGUACCUGUACUGAUGCACACUUUCCUAUGCAGACUGAGACCAGCGUCAAUGGUCAAAUGUCACAGGCAGAGAUCGGGCCGCCAACAUUUUCUUCACCUCUGGUUAUCCCUCCAUCUCAGGUGUCUGAAAGUCAUGGACAGUUGUCUUACCAGGCUGAUCUUGAAUCUGAAAACCCUGGGCAGCUUCUUCAUGCUGAAUAUGAUGAGUCACUAAGCGGCAAGAACAUGUAUCCGCAGCCAUCCUUUGGACCUAACCCAUUCUUAGGCCCAGUUCCCAUUGCGCCCACCUUUUUUCCUCACGUUUGGUAUGGGUAUCCUUUUCAGGGAUUUAUAGAAAAUCCUGUAAUGAGGCAGAAUAUAGUCUUGCCCUCUGAAGAGAAAGGUGAAUUGGAGCUGCCCUUGGAAAAUCUAGAUCUGUCUAAAGAAUGUGGUUCGGUCACAGCAGUAGAGGAGUUUUCAGAAUCCAGGAGUGACGAUACACAUUCUGUUCCUGAAGCAAGUGUAAGCAGCAAAACUGAAGGCCGAGCGGAGCAGUCAUCACAAACACGAAAGGCAGAUCUGGCACUGGCUUCUGCCCCUAUUGGAGCAGAAGGAAAAGUUCAUCUUCCCACUCAGGUUCUAAACAGAGAAAGAGAAACUGUGCCUGUUGAACUUGAGCCUAGGAGGACCAUUCAGAGUCUGAAAGAAAAACCAGAGAAAGCAAAAGAGCCUAAGACUGCUGCUGAUGUGGUCAGCCCUGGGGCCAACUCUGUGGAUAGCAGAAUGCAAAGACCAAAAGAAGAGAGUUCAGAAGAUGAAAACGAAGUUUCUAAUAUUCUGAGAAGUGGCAGAUCCAAGCAGUUCUAUAAUCAAACUUACGGAGGCAGGAAGUACAAAAGUGACUGGGGAUAUGCUGGUCGGGGUGGCUAUCAACACGUGAGAGGAGAGGAGUCCUGGAAAGGGCAGCCAAGCCGAAGCCGAGAGGAAGGGUAUCAAUACCACCGAAAUGUCAGAGGACGGCCGUAUAGAGGAGAUAGGAGGAGAUCAGGCAUGGGAGAUGGCCACAGGGGACAACACACUUGAUGCUUGUUGCUUGGGUAUUUUAAAGCAGAAGCCCUUUUAAAGGCUUUAAAAAAAUACCUUAAAAUAAAAACCCCAAUUGGAACUAUCUCCUUCCCUCCCCUUUAACCUCAUUCCCGUUCUGGAUGGGAUUUUGGACAUGAGUCUAAGGGGCAAGUGAAUUUCUGGUAUUGCCAUUUCUCUUCGUUCAAAAUCUGUUUGCUUUCUGUGGGGUGACUGCCCCCAUAAAAAGUAGAAAAUAAGUUUGUUAAAGUAUUUUUUUAUAAACAGCUUAAUAUAAACCAUUAUAGAUUUAGUGUUUGGGUUUUUCCUCGUAUAAGUUUGAUUUUCAAAUGUUGGAAAUGUGUGCUUUAUAGUGUUUACUAAAGUGACAAGAAAAUAUACCAUUUGACACAGUAUAGAUUCCAAAACAUAACAUUGCACCAAAUAGAAAUGUAUAUUUUAUUAUGCAAUGCCUUAGUCAUAAACUGGGCUCAAACAAUUCUCAGCCUAAAACACUGUUGUCUUUUAAAAUGCUUCCAACCCAAAGGCCUUUCAUCUCAAUAUCUGUCAAACUUGAAUAAUGUCUUCUCUUUAAUAUUACACGUAAGGCAGCCUAUUAACUUGUGUCUUAGAAAUAUUGUAUAUAGUUCUUUUAAUAUUCAUAGGGUAUAUUUUUGAAUUUUGGUGAGUAUUUGUUGACUUUAAGAUUGCAUACAAGAAUAGAUGUUUAAGAAAUAGUAGGAAAUCCAGUGAAAUGGCUGUUUCCACCCAGGAUUGUUAGCACUGGUGUAAAUAUCAUGGUGCCUACUCGAAAGAAAUAUAGAUGCUAUGCAUUUUGGAAAUACUCUGCAUCUGUUAAAACUGCAGAAGUUUUGUAAUGCCACUUUAACACUAAUGCACUGACAGAUUCUAAAUAUUUUGUGAGAAGAAAUGUUAAAACUUUUUAGCUUGACAGGUUUCUAUAGAGUUAACUGUUUUUUCUUGCACCGUUGGAUAUGUGUAUCACUUUACAUUUGCAUGUUCAAGUUGUCAUGGCUGGAAUUGUGCAGAAACAAGAUGAUUGUGACUUCUAGUUCAUUUCUAGAGGAUGCUGCUAGAAAAUGGUUUUGCUUUGCAGUUUGUAGCUUUGUUACUCUUAGGAUUGAAUGUCUGAUCUUGUUUCUUGUCUUUGCAGUAUUCACUAGAGGUUCCCUUUGCAUGUUGCACUCUGUUCUUAUUUGGAGAUUGGACUCUGAAUUUUAACACAGUAUUCGUGUACCUGUGUUACUUUGUAAAAAAAAUAACUGUAGCUUCUUAUUUGUACAUACCAAUGUGAAAAUCUAUUCUUUAUGUUGAGAUUACUUUCUAAUCAGGAAGUUUGAGUGCUAUGCAAAUAAUGUAGUGAUUUUGCUUUGCAUGCCAUGUGUAAUAUAUGUAGCCAAAAAUAGAUGAGGUGGCUUGGCUUUUUUUUUUUUUUUUAAGCAGAUUACUUUAAAGCAAAUAUAAUUCACUUGAAUUUGAGACUGAAGCAGAUGAGUUUUCUGGGUUUUCUGAUAACCUGUAGGAAUGUUUGGAUGUCAGCUAGGCUCAGUGAAUCCCCAGUGUACUGUAAUAAUGGUUAUUUACCUCUGUGCUGUUUUAAUUACCUAAUGUCUGUGUAACUGCUGAUUUGAGUAGUGAUUAUUAGCAUUUGGAUAUUUUAUAACAUAGGAUUUUAGAGAGCACUUUGAAAGAACAUUUUAUUAUGAUGGUGCUAGCUAGGAAAAAAUUGUAAAGAUUGGGAUGGUUAUGUGGAAAAGAGAAUUCUUGGGAGAACCUGCUGGAAGGAAUUUGUCAUCACCUAAGGUAGGACAGUUGUUGAAGGAACUGUUUAUGCCAGUUUUUUUCUUAGCGUCUGGCUGAAUUAUUGAAUGAGAAGUUUAGAGGGUCCUUUAUUUUCAGCCCAUGCUUUUUUUUCUUUUAAAAUGUAGGAUUAGCUUACCUGAUAAUUUUAUUAUGAAAAUCACAUUUUUAUGUAAAUACCAGAUUCAAUAUAAGUUUGAUCUCAGGAGUCCAAAAGAAAUUGUGGUUUCCAGUGUCCUUCAUUUUAUUGACUGGGGUUUGAUCUGUUUCUAGCAGUGUUUGAAAAUUGGAUAGGAAAGGAUACUGUUAUUCACUGUCAUUCUCUUACCUCAGUUAAGCAACACAAUACUCUAUAGCUUUUGAGGGAAACACUGAUUUGCUUCUUUCCCCUGUCUCAUCUCCAGGGCAUGAUGGAAACAGUGCUGAAAGAGAAAUUUAGCAGAUGGUACUUUUCUUAGUAACCUCUGGAAUAAAAGAACUCUGAUAGUUUUUAAAUUGUCAGUCUUUGUGGGAGGUCAGUUUUUUUUCCUUUAGGUUUGUUUUUAACUGUAUUAGUCUAGGGGAUUUUUGCCUUAUGCUGAGGUCAAAACUAGGGCCAAGUACGCUUUUGUCCUUUAUAUUAACCGUAUGUCAUAUUGUAUGUUGUUAUGAGAUGAAUUUCUAUAUAAGAAAAGAAACAAAAAGAAUUGAGAAUCAUUUGUAUUUUGAUUUGGAAAUUAUGAAACAUCACUAUAGUAUGAUCAGACAGAUUUUCAAGAACAAAUGCUUAGACUGACCAAAGCUCACCUGUUUUUGAGUUAGGUGCUUUUGCUGAGCUUGAAUCCAGCCCCUAUUCCUUUUAGUACUGUGUAUGUCUGUUCUUCAAGUUUGUUUCCUGUCAAAUACAUCUUCAGUUCUUGCCCAUGUGCUCCUUGGCAGCUGGGAUACCAACAGCUGUGUAGUCCUCAUGUUGUUUCCUGGUAACCCACAAGUCCACUUUCAAGGCAGACCUAAGCUCAGACCCUGUCUUCAUCUGACAGGAGUUGGUUUUCCCAAACCACAGUGCUGAGAUGCGUAUUUGAUGCAGCUCUUAUUCUUGCAGUGUGUUGUUUCUUUGUGACUCAAGGGUGAACUAAAAUGCCUGUGAACUGCAAACUUAUGAUUGACUUGGUGCAAUAAAGUUCCUUUCUAACCAUUUCUGGUUUAGAAAAUACUCAGCCAUCCUAGAAACUAGCAAUAUUUAUUUUUGCCUCAUUUAUUUUACCUUCAGUUUUAGAUACUUUUUGUCUGUUCAUUUAUGGGUACUAAUCAAAGUCCAUUCUUGUGUAGCUGAAGAGAAUACAUAUUUGGCUACACUGUUCACUGUAUUUUGCUCCCUAUUUUGUCUAAAUGCUAUUGUUUUUCUUUUACAAUGGUAAAAAUGAUUCACUUCCAGUGUGUUACCAUCAAAGAACUAAGGCUUUGCUACUAGUGUCAGCCAUUUACUCUCCCAUUAAUAGGGAUUUUUAAAAAGAGGUUUUUCCCCCCUGAGAUACAAGUUUUAGAAAAUCUUAUAAGAGGGGUGGGUGCAUGUCUUAAUGCUGGGAAGCAGCAACUUUGGGGUUGAAUUUACUUGAAUGGGUUAAAAUUGCAUUGUUAACAGAGCUAGAAAAAUUUACAUAUGAAAAAUGAUAAUAGCCUUACACUGAGUACAAAUAAUACUUAAGCAUGUGAAGAUGUGAUCAUUUGUGAUGUUACUUGUAAAAAAAGUAUAUAUACAUAUCUUUUGAAGUGUUGAAAGGAAAAUAGUACUUUAUAUUCUUUAUCAUAUCACUUUUUAAAGUGUUGAAUAUAUUCCUGUUUAUUUUUCUAUGUUCUGUUUUGUAGCCUUAAGAAGUGUUUCAAACAUAUCUGAAUGUAUAAAAUAAGAGUAAAUGCCCUACAUGGUGUGAUGCUGCAUUAUAUAAAAACCGUGUGCAUAUAUUAAAUUUUGUCUCUUGA